UCACAUGUUUCUUGUUCUCCAUGUUCCCUGUCUUGUAAGCUUUAAUUUAUGCUUAGCCACUCAAACCCUCAAUUCUUCUCCUUAUACACAACUACAUCAACUGCUUUCAAAAAACUAAAAACAAAACUUUGAAAACAAAAGGAUAAAACUGGAAAAAAGAAUAUGUCAGGUUUUGUGAGAUCUAAGCGAGUUACCGAUCCUCUUGACGAUAAAGCUAAGGCUCGACUCGUCGGUAGGCAACUCAGUUAUGUCAGCAGCGGUAGCGAACACUCAGCAGACGACGACGACGACUUACCUUGUUUGUCCGAGCUCGUUCACGGCUUUCUUGAGAAUGACGACUCAGAUUUAACUGACGACUCAGUUAAUGGUUACGAGUCGGAUUCAGAUCGAGUUGACUCAGUCGCCGAUUGUAAGGAUUUCGUGGAAGGUAUCCUGAGAUCAGGUAGUAGGGAUUCAUACAGGAAUUUAUUAUCCGCUCAUGUUUCGAAAGCGAUGGAAGCUUUUUCUUGCUUGAUUAAUCAAAGACCGGUUUUGAGGCGCAAAGUGAUGUCGUCCUUGAGAGAGUUAGGACACAAUGCAGCGAUCUGUAAGACUAAAUGGGAAUCUUCUGGUGGCGGGGGUUUAACCGCCGGUGGAUACGAGUUCAUCGACGUGGUGCAAUCAAAAUCCUCCACAUUGCAAAACCGUUACGUGGUGGAUCUCGAUUUCGCUUCUCAAUUUGAGAUUGCGAGACCUACGAGUCAGUUCUUGAAGCUUCUACACUCUCUUCCUCGUGUUUUUGUAGGCAGAAGUGAGGAUUUGAAGACGAUCGUGAAGAGCAUCAGUGACGCAUCUAAGAGAUCGUUGAAGAGUAGAGAGCUCUCUCUACCUCCUUGGAGAAAAAACCGUUACAUGCAAAACAAAUGGUUCGGUCCGUACCGCCGGACUGUCAAUCCCUCACCGGCGACACCGCCAUCGGUCGACGUUGUGAAAUGUAGAUGUGUAGGUUUCGACGACGCCGUUAACGGCCGUUUGUUUGUUCGUACGAGAUGAUCAUGGCUGCAGAAGAUUUCUAGAAAGAGAAUAAUGGUUAAUAAUAAUUAAUCUUUUAAUUUAUUUUUGUGCAAAGGAUAAAAAUUUAAAAUAGGUGACUG